AUGCAUAUUUCCUCCGCAUCACCACCCUUGACGACAAGGUGUGAUAUAAUGAGUUUCCGGGUCUCCAUAUUCCUCCUCUGUGUGAUAGCUGUGUCGUGUUUGCCUUCCGGGUUUGCUUCCUCCGUUGACGUCUGCGAUCAUCAUGAAUUCGAUGCGUUCCUUCUCGCAAUCGAGAGAAAGUGUCUUCCUUUUCUGUAUCCAAGACCUCCUUUAGAGAAUGAGACUUGGAAGAGUUGGUUGGUUGCUCCUAGUGGCGCUCAUGGGUUUUUGGGGAUGCUUUCUUUAUAA